AUGGUAGAUGGAAAGAUUAAGGCUCUCAAUGUUGAAGAAGCUCCCUCUUAUGUCAAGGUUUCUGGCGCAGAUACAAUUUUGGUACAGAUAAUAUUGGGUUGUGUAGAUAUUGGGUCUGGGAAGUUUGCUGUGACCAUGCUGGUUAGGGACUUGUCUGCUUAUAAAUUUGUCUUUGUCUUUCUAGAGUUUGGAGGUAAUGAAGUUCUGAGAAAUUCCUUGAAUGCUGGUUCUGGCUUCCAUCCUUCAUUCUCAAUUGCGCCGUUCCACCCCUUGAGAGUUGAGAUCCUGGCUUCUAUUUCUCCCUUCAGAUCCACCCCUUCUAUUUCUCGCCGCCGUUCCUCGCCGCCGUUCCUCGCCGCCGUUCCUCACCGCCGUUCCUCCCCGGUCUUCGUUCCUGCCUUCGAUCUCACCACCAUUCAUCUUCGUUCCUCUGUGGUGCCUGUCAGAUCAAAUUAUUUUGGAUUGUCUUAUCUUCAGAGUGGAAGGUCCAUUGAAGGGGCAAAAAACCCACAUUACAGUGUCCGUGAAAGUUCCACCAAGGGCUCCAUUAUUGAAAAACCAAUCAACAGAAGAAGGCAAGUUAAUGAACCUAUUGAUGUGGAAAGUUGUGAUAAUCAAGAAAUUCAAUCUGUUGUUGAAUCCACAAAGAAGAAGGCAAAAACAGAAACUUCAGAUUGUUGGAAGUUUUUUACCAAGAUAGGAGUAGCGGAUGAUGGAAUUGAGAGGGCAAAAUGUAUUGGUUGUAAUCAAGAAUACAAAGUUGGUGGGAAAAAUUAUGGAACGUCGCAUCUGAAACGUCACAUUCUAAAGUGCAAGAAUAUUAAAUUUGAAGAUGUGGGUCAAAUGAUGAUAGAUAUGCAAGGUAAAUUGAAAAGUCAAAAAAUAGAUCAAAUGGUAUCACGUGAGAUGUGUGCUCUUGCAAUUAUUGAGCAUGAUUUGCCUUUCAAUUUCGUUGAGUAUGAAAGGAUUAGGAUGUGGGUAAGUUACUUAAAUCCUAAUGCAAUUCCAAUUACAAGAAAUACUGCUAAGAGCGAUGUCUUAAAGAUUUACAUGAGAGAGAAGGAGAACCUUAAAGACAUAAUGGCUAGCAUUCCAACUAGGAUUUGCUUAACUUCUGAUUUGUGGACAGCUUGUAAUACAGAGGGUUACAUAUGUUUAACAGCUCACUUCGAUUGGGGAAUAGAGAAGAAGUUAUUUUCCAUUACUUUGGAUAAUGCAUCUGCAAAUGACAAUAUGGUGAGAAAUUUGAAAAGUCAGCUUGGUUUGCAGAAAUUGUUGUUAUGUGAUGGACAAUUUUUUCAUAUUCGUUGUUCUGCUCACAUUUUGAAUCUAAUUGUUCAAGAAGGGUUGAAAGUUUCUAGUGAUGCCUUGAGCAAAAUUAGAGAAAGUGUCAAAUAUUUAAGGGGCUCGGAAGGCAGAAUGAAAGCAUUUAAAGAAUGCAUUGAUCAAGUGGGAGGAAUUAACACUUCAAAAGGCUUAUGCCUAGAUGUCCCUACUAGAUGGAAUUCAACUUAUCUGAUGCUUGAAAGUGCUCUUAUAUACCGACGUGUGUUUUCUAUUCUUGAAUUCAGUGAUAAAAAUUAUAAAUAUUGUCCUACACUUGAUGAAUGGGAUAGAGGAGAAAAAAUUAUGGGGUUCUUGAAGCCAUUUUAUGAUAUUACUGAGUUGAUUUCUGGCACAUCCUAUCCUACUGCCAACUUAUACUUUUUGCAAGUUUGGCAAAUUCAAUGUAGUCUCCAGAACACAUUACAUGAUGAAGAUGACAUUUUAAAGAGCAUGGCUGCAAGGAUGAUGGAAAAAUUUGACAAAUAUUGGGAGGAAUAUAGUAUUGUGCUUGCACUAGGAGCACUUCUUGACCCACGGAUGAAGACUUCUGCUUUGUCUUAUUGUUAUUCCAAAGUUAAUCCAUUGACAAGUGAAGGAAAAGUAGAAGAAAUAAAGAAAAAUGCAUACAAUCUCUUUGACAAUUAUGCAUGUCACGUUCCUCCCUCUUCAAAUGCUCUAAGUCAAAGUCUCUGUGAUGUUACAAGUGCAUCUUCAAGUGGGUCAAUAUCAAUAGAGAAGAAGGGAUUUUCAGAAAUCAUGUUCCAAGAAUUGAAAAAGCACAAUCAACCCUUCAAUGCAGCAAAGAUUGGAAAAUCUCAACUUGAUGUUUAUCUGGGAGAGGAGAAUUUAGAGUUUGAUGAUGAUACAUUUGAUAUAUUACAAUGGUGGAAGGGGAGAGCUAAACGUCUUCCAAAUUUAUCACUAAUGGCUCGUGACUUAUUAAGCAUUCCUAUUACCACUGUUGCAUCUGAAUCUGCAUUCAGCAUUGGGUCACGGAUUCUUAAUAAAUACAGAAGCAGUCUCUUACCUGAAUGUGUUGAAGCUUUGCUUUGUACCCGUAAUUGGCAGAAUGGUUUUUCUAGGACUGAUGAAGGUGCCUCUGAUGAGAAGAUUGAUGAGAAGAUUGAUGAGAAGAUUGAUAAAUGA